AUGCUAAAUUUGGGAAUUAUGUUAAGCUUUUGAACUAGUUUCAAGAUAGAAGAGAAGUUAAAUUUCAUUUUCAGUAUUUGAAGGAUACUGAGGAAAUUAUUGACUAAUCUUAAAUAUAGAGAUGAUGAAUUCACCACUUCUCCAUAUUAUUUUAAAGCUGAUGAAGCUAAGUUAGAAACGGCAGGAGUUAACAAUUGCUCUCUAGUUAUACCAUCUGUAACUAGUGAUAUAAUUGCUUCUGAUUAUACUUAUUACUCUACUACUGGCUCAUUCCAGUGGAAUAUUAUUACAGGCGAUAGUCCUUCUAAUAUACCUUACACAAUCUCCUUGUUCACCAACGGUACUAACACAACUGUGCCUGUAAUAAUAACAGUCGACGACUCCACAUUCACAACAGAUCAAAAAGUCAAAUAUCACAUAGACACCACUGCCUUAGGGGUCUGGUAUGAUACUCAAAUAACAUACGAGUUCAACUUCAAAGUGAUAGUAUGGGAUCUUCCUUUAGCAUCCACCGCAGAUCUUAUUUACACCCGCACCAUCAAAAAUGAUCCUAUCAUUACAACUCCUGUGACUAAUCUUAUUCUUCGCGCUGGAGAAUUUCACGAAGUGACUCUUGCCUUCCAGACAAACAAGUCUGUCACCAAUGCGGCAGGAGGCAUCUAUUAUGAAUGCCUGGAUAAAGGUACAAUGACUGCUUCAAGUAUUUGUGCAGUAGAAACCUCUGGAAAGAGGACAAUUCAGACCCUAAAUUUAGCAGGGGGAGCAAUUACCAAGGAACUUAUGAUGAGAGUUUAUUAUGAUCCUGUUACUCCUAGAGAUUAUGAUUUUAAUGUCACCUUUACUGUCAACACAGCCCCUUAUUUUUCCUCUGCUCUUGCUCAGCAAUAUGUCAAUUGUGAGUACAGUAUUACUAUUACAGUUCCUUCAGGAAUUGAUGAUCAAGGUGAUUCUUUCUAUUACGAUAGCCACGAUAUUCCUGCUUCGGCAUCUUCUUUUACCAAUACAAUUUCUAAUAAUAACCAGACUUUGGAUGUAACUAAUAUCGGUUGAGCAAAUGCUGGCGAUCAUAUCUACACUUGGAAAGUAGUUGAGAAUGGAACUAAUGCACAGAUUUUUACUACUCUCCCUUUCACACUUACAGCCAAUUAUUUACCUAAAUUUAAUUUCACAUUUCCAGACGUUGUGUACAGAAUAUAUUUAAAUGAGACUACAUUUGGAAGUUCACUAUUCUGUGCAGAAGAUGGGCCAGAUGGAAAUUCUAUAACUGUUAAUUAUACAAUAUCUCCAUCACCUCCAAGCACAAUGCUGACUCUUUCAACAUCUUCUGAGUGUAUGUUUACUUUUAGUACAAUAAACAACUCUUUUGCAGGAGUUUACACUGUGACACUUCAUGCUUAUGACGCAUUAGCAACGGCAAGUCAGCAUAAUAGCGUCAGUUUUACUUUGACACUUCAGACAAAUGGAGCUCCGACAAAUACUACAGUUAUGGCAGAUAAAACUGUAAUUGCGAGAUACCCACAAGAUUUUAGCUUGCCAGCUAGCUUUUUUACCGAUCCAGAGGGAGAAACAUUGUCUUAUACAUAUACUGUAGCUCCUACUUCAUCACUUAUUGUCUGAGAUUUUGUAGCUUGGAAAUUAAAUAUUUCCUCUGCAAUUAAUGCAGAUGCUGGAACUUACGUUGUUACUGUUACUGCUAGUGAUGGAAAAGCUGAUACAGCAAAUGGAACUUCAAGUUUUAAUGUAAUAAUCAAUGCAAAUGCUAAGCCGGUUGUAAAUCAAACACUUACUGACAUUGUGUUUGUUGAAGGGAGAACAAACACACAUACUCAUGUAGAUAAUACAUUUAGUGAGCCAAACUCUGAAGCAAUAUCUAUAACAGGUUCAUUUACUCCAGCAGCUCCAUUCUUAAGCUAUGAUAAUGUGACUCGAGUCAUUUCAGGGUCUCCUGUUUAUGCUAAUAUUGGAACUUACACAUUUACUCUGACAGCAGUUGAUCCUUGGCCAGAUACAGGCUCAACUGCACAAAGCAUGACAGUGACAAUUCAAGAAAAUUUACCCCCAGUUUCAUCAGAGACAUUUGUGAAUAUUUCACAGCUUGCUCUAUACCAAGUAGCAAUAGAUUACGACGAAACACUCGUAACUGACCCAAAUGGAGAUACUAUUUCUUUUGAUCUAACUCAUAACACUACUGGAUCAUGGUAAUC